GGCUUAAUGAAAAGAAGAAAAAAAACCAGAGAUGGAAGGAGGAAAGGAGAAGAUUUUUGAGAUCAGAAGAUUAGAGGUUUCUGAUAAAUCAAAGGGUUUCAUUGAAUUGUUACAACAAUUAAGUGUAUGCGAUUCAAUUUCUGAUGACGAAUUCAAGGAGAGAUUUGAAGAAUUAAGUGUGAAUGGAGAGAAUCAUAUGAUUUAUGUAAUUGAAGAUGAAGAGAAGAAGAAGAUCAUAGCAACUGCUUGUUUAUUCAUAGAGAAGAAGUUUAUAAGGAACUGUGGGAAAGUAGGACAUAUUGAAGAUGUUGUUGUGGAUUCAAAUGCUAGAGGAUUGAAAUUAGGUCAGAAGAUUGUUGAGUUUCUAAGUGAUAAAGCUAGAUCUAUGGGUUGUUAUAAAGUCAUUCUUGAUUGUGGUGAACAGAAUGUUGGGUUUUAUGAGAAGUGUGGGUUUCAACAGAAAGGAAUUGAAAUGGCUAUGUACUUCAAUUAAAUCUGAAAAUUUAUCUUGAUGAAAUGAGUUUUGUUUCUUUCGUCAUUGAUCUUAUUUGAUUUUCUUUACUCUGUU